GUUAAAUGAGCGAAGAGAACCGACACUGUUGUGGCGCGUAGUCGGGACACGCGCUUAUUCGGUUCUCGCGCUUUGUCCGGUGAAAAUCGCGAAAUUUUACGCGUUGUCACCCGCGAACUUUUCAUAACAUUUUUUUAGUAACUCACUUGAUUAACGUUUGUCUAUUUUGUGAUUGUAAAAAUUAAUUAGGUGGUACUUUUGAACUGUUUACGAAGUUUGUUAUUGGAUUGAGUAGUUUUUACUUUUGUUUGGAUCAGCAUGCCGCAGACUUUCUUGAUACCACAACAAAUAUUCACCCAAAAACAAGACAAUCAUGUCAGAAGAUUCACCAUAAUAGAAAAUCAAAGUACCUUGUUCUAACUACAAAAAGAAAAAAAUAACUAGUAACCAACAUGUCGUCAACCGAAGAGCUCCUCUUCACCGAAGAGAAGAUUUUCUACCACACCACCCACUCGUCCUCCCUAAACCUGACGUCACUUAACCAAUCUGCUGAAUACCAGGAUAACCUCUAUCCACUAGAACUAGUGAUCCCCUUUACGACAGUUUACGCGAUCAUAUUCCUCACAGGAGUAAUCGGCAACAUAAGUACUUGUAUAGUGAUCGCGAAGAAUAAAAGUAUGCACACCGCUACUAACUAUUAUUUGUUCAGUUUGGCUGUGUCGGACAUGUUACUUUUGAUUUCUGGAUUGCCGCCAGAAAUGUACCGGAUUUGGAGCCCUGACACUUAUAUUUUUGGACACGUGAUUUGUUUCCUUCAAGGAUUCAGUGCCGAAACUUCAGCUAAUGCUACUGUGUUAACCAUCACCGCGUUUACAGUAGAACGUUACCUAGCAAUAUGCCAUCCUUUUUUGGCACACACCAUGUCCAAAUUAUCCAGAUGCGUCCGGAUCAUUUUAAUGAUUUGGAUCGUAGCACUAACGCUAGCCGUCCCUCAAGCUAUCCAGUUCGGGAUACAAGUAAGAGUGGAAGAAACCGGCAAACAGGUCAGCGAGUGCAAUUUGGUCUCGACGAUAUUCACUCAUGCGUUCGAGGUGUCUACUUUGGUGUUUUUCGUCGCCCCGAUGACCCUAAUUACGGUACUUUACAUUUUAAUUGGUAGACAGCUAAAGCAAUCAACAGCAAAGCGACCGUCGCUCACUCAGCACAGUAGCAGCUGCACACCGUCACGCUAUUCUAGUCAUUUUGGCAAUAAUGAUGCGGCAAAGAAGCGCAGACAGACGCAGGCGCAAAAUAGGGUGGUAAAGAUGUUAAUUGCUGUGGUAGCGGCCUUCUUCAUCUGCUGGGCCCCCUUUCACGCUCAGCGACUGUUAGCUGUGUACUUAGCUGGGGCAUCCAAAGAAGCUCAGGAUGCCUAUUUUCAAGUGUAUUUGUAUUUAAUGUAUACCAGCGGUGUGCUGUACUACUUGUCGACGUGCAUCAAUCCGCUGUUGUACCAUAUUAUGUCCAAUAAGUACCGAAAUGCAUUUAAGAAAACAUUCCACAACAUUUGCAAACGGAGUAGCCGUUCGAAAAACUACAUCGAAGCCCCGCUACGUAGCAAAACAUUGAAAAAGUACCCGGAGAAUUUUUUAGGGGAAGCUGUGCAUCUAGCCCAAACGGCCGAUGCGAGAACUUCCUCUAACCGGAACUGGUGUAAACAUUCCGUGGCCAAACUCACCCCCGAAACAAGUCAAACCAGCUUUUCCAGUUCGAAAAUCGAAACGUCGCAGGCCCUCCUCAGGAACGAUCUGAUUUGCAACGGCGUCCUUGCACCGGAUAACUCUGCUACCUGUGCUGCUUUUAAAGUGAGGUUCUUGAAACUGUUUAAGACUGGACUGACUCAGGGUUACGUAAACCAGAACAGAUUGAAUAAGCAGGGUUCGAAUACUAUAAGUAAUUCCAGUUUGAAAGAUACAGAUGAAAUGGAUUUGGUGUGUGCCGAUUUGGUCAAGCAAAUGAAACAGGUUAACGAUGUACUUUAAGGUGUACUUAAAUGAGAUCUAGUAACACCUUUUCAGCUAAAUAUAAUUUUUUUAUUAUUGGCUUAUUCUACAAAGAUCUUUUAAUUGGCCACUCACCGUACAUCACUAAACCUACAUCCUUUCAUAUAAGUAAAAGUAGCCAAUCAUUUUUAGAAACUGCUAUCUACCAUAAGUUUUUAUAUUAAUUUGCAUUAAGACUGAUUUAUUGUUUUUUAUAUAUAUAUAAGUUUAAACUUAGGCUAUGUCUGUCAAGAGAUGCUCUGUAGCACAUUUAAUGAAUAAAAUGUUGUGUAAAAAAGUCUAUAUGAAGUAGAUUUGCUCUAAAAAAUGUACAUUAUAUUAUACAGGGUGUUUUUAGAAGCUGGGUGGAAAGCCUUAUAAAGAGAAUAAACUAUUUUUUACAAUUUUUGUAAUAACUUUUUAUAAAAUUGUUUAAUCACCUUUUUUAUAUUAUCUAUAAUUCCUUUAAGGCUAUGCACCCAACUACCAAAUAUCCUGUAUAAAUGUUUCAGUAAAGAUAGUCAUUAUAUGUUAAUUAGAUCUUCUUAAGCUUGUAAUGAAUGUUAAUUUUAACCUAGUCAAUAAAAAACAGUGAUAAAUCACAGUACUACCCAAAUUUUUUUAUUUAGAUUUUUAAGUUGUAAAAUAAAAAGUUAGUUUCUUAAAUUAUACAUUAUUAUCACGGUACUGGCAUAUUGUCAAAAAUUAAAAAUAAGGCUUGUGAAUUUCUGUGGGCUAUUAUUGUUGUCUUAUAUUUU